CGCGUCCUUUGCCCAGGAAGUGCUCUUCCGGCACGGGUAGCCGGCGUGACUUUGAGCGCUUGGCGCUUGGAGCUGGUGCUGUGUAUCCGGGCCGCCGUGGGGCUUCACGCUUUUGCUGUGGCCAUGAGAGUGCUGGGGGCCGCCACGGCCGUGGCUCUGGGUCACCGGCCACUCUUUCGGGUCCCUGCAGCUUUGGGCUGGCAGAGGAAGCAGAUUAGUUGGAAGUUCUGCCGGUGGUGUUCAUCAGGGAUAAUUCCUAAUGAAAAAAUACGAAAUAUUGGAAUCUCAGCUCACAUUGAUUCGGGGAAAACUACAUUAACAGAACGAGUGCUUUACUACACGGGCAGAAUUGCACAGAUGCAUGAGGUGAAAGGUAAAGAUGGAGUUGGCGCUGUCAUGGAUUCCAUGGAACUAGAGAGACAGAGAGGAAUCACUAUUCAGUCAGCAGCUACCUAUACCAUGUGGAAAGAUGUUAAUAUCAAUAUUAUAGAUACUCCUGGCCACGUGGACUUUACAAUAGAAGUUGAAAGGGCCCUGAGAGUGUUGGAUGGUGCAGUCCUUGUUCUCUGUGCUGUUGGUGGAGUGCAAUGCCAGACCAUGACGGUGAAUCGACAGAUGAAGCGCUACAAUGUUCCAUUUUUAACUUUCAUUAACAAAUUGGACCGUGUGGGCUCCAACCCAGCCAGGGCCCUCCAGCAAAUGAGGUCAAAACUAAAUCAUAAUGCAGCGUUUAUGCAAAUACCGAUUGGCUUGGAGGGUAAUUUUAAAGGUAUUAUAGAUCUUAUUGAGGAACGAGCCAUAUUUUUUGAUGGAGACUUUGGUCAGAUUAUUCGGUACAGUGAAAUUCCAGGAGAAUUGAGGGCAGCAGCAGCAGAUCACCGGCAGGAGCUGAUUGAGUGUGUGGCCAAUUCAGAUGAGCAGCUUGGUGAAAUGUUCUUAGAAGAAAAAAUCCCUUCAAUUUCUGAUUUAAAGCUUGCAAUUCGAAGAGCUACUUUAAGUAGAGCAUUUACUCCUGUGUUUUUGGGAAGUGCCUUGAAGAACAAAGGAGUUCAGCCUCUUUUGGAUGCUGUUUUAGAAUACCUCCCAAAUCCGUCUGAAGUCCAGAAUUAUGCUCUUCUCAAUCAAGAGGAUGACUCAAAAGAAAAAACCAAAAUCCUAAUGAACUCCAAAAGAGACAAUUCCCAUCCGUUUGUAGGCCUGGCCUUUAAACUAGAGGCAGGUCGAUUUGGACAGUUGACUUACGUCCGCAAUUACCAGGGAGAGCUGAAGAAGGGCGAUAGCAUCUAUAACACGAGGACUGGAAAGAAAGUGCGGGUGCAGCGGCUGGUGCGCAUGCAUGCAGACAUGAUGGAGGAUGUUGAGGAAGUGUAUGCUGGAGAUAUCUGUGCAUUGUUUGGCAUUGACUGUGCUAGUGGAGACACAUUCACAAACAAAGAUAACAGUGGCCUUUCUAUGGAGUCAAUUCAUGUUCCUGAUCCUGUCAUUUCAGUAGCAAUGAGCCCUUCUAACAAGAAUGAUCUGGACAAAUUUUCAAAAGGCAUUGGCAGGUUUACAAGAGAAGAUCCCACAUUUAAAGUCCACUUUGACACGGAGAGCAAAGAGACAAUUGUAUCUGGAAUGGGAGAACUACACCUAGAAAUCUAUGCUCAGAGAAUGGAAAGAGAAUAUGGCUGUCCUUGUAUCACAGGAAAGCCAAAAGUUGCUUUUAGAGAGACAAUCACUGCUCCUGUCCCGUUUGAGUUUACACAUAAAAAGCAAUCAGGUGGUGCAGGCCAGUUUGGGAAAGUGAUAGGUGUCCUGGAGCCUCUGGACCCAGAGAACUAUACCAAGUUGGAGUUUACAGAUGACACCUUUGGGACAAAUGUUCCAAAACAAUUUAUACCUGCUGUGGAAAAGGGGUUUUUGGAUGCCUGUGAGAAGGGCCCGCUUUCUGGUCACAAGCUCUCUGGACUCCGGUUUGUUUUGCAAGACGGAGCACACCACAUGGUUGAUUCCAAUGAGAUCUCAUUCAUCCGAGCUGGAGAAGGUGCUGUUAAACAAGGGAUCGAACUCACAACUGCGUGCUUGCAAGGCAGGCGCUUAUGCUGCUGAGCUAAAUCCCCAGCCCAUUCAUGUGAUUCUUAUUUCUUCAUGCUUAAAAUUAUUUGAAACAUCACAGUCUGCCACAUAAAUAAAUGCAGUUAUUUUUUGUCAAAUAAAACUAAAGCUUUAAAAGUAAAAUUGGCCCUUAUAUUCCUGAAAAAGAGAAAGAUAAAAGUGUAACAAUCUGGUCUAAGGAAGUUCUUGCCAAACUUAAUAAGAAAACCAACUUUUUAAUAUACUACCAUAGAAUGCUUAUAUGAGAGACUGAGAGUGAAAAUAUUAGUAAAUGAGCUUAUGAGUUAAUAUAAUUCUUAUAUGAUAGUAAAGUAUAUUACUGUGUGUUACAUUUAUCAUAUUAACAGAAUGAGAAGAAAAAUAUUCGUUCCCAUUGUCAUGUGUUCUAAUUUGAGGUAAACUUUAAACUUUGUCCCUGAGAUUAAUUGGUGGUGCAGCUUAAAGCCAAAACGAGCGAUUUAAUGUUCUCUGGCUAUAUUUUACUCUCUAAAUAAGACCAUUGUCAUAUUUUGUGUGACCAAUUUGUAGAGAGUGCCAUAGUCAGUCUCCCCAGAAACACUGAACUGACCACCAUUUUUUGCAAGAGAAAUAAAGUCCAGGCCAGAAUCAUAUUGUUAGUUCAUUUAACUUGAUUGUGUCCUCUUUUUAUCUCGUAUCCCAUUUCAUGCCAGGCUUUGAGUUUGAAUCCAGACCCUGAUUCUUCCUUACUGUACAAAGAUGGACAGGUCAUCUGAACUUCCCAAGACUGCUCGAUAAUAAGUCCAUGGAUAUUAAAUGAAAAUAUACUUGAAAACAUUUGCAACAUGCAUAUUUGGGCAUAAUGGAUACCAGUCAUUCUUCCUGUUGGACUGCCCUUGACCUGGCACUGUGCCUUGCCACCUGUUCUCCAGCUAUUUUGUCUCAAGAGUAGUCAGACUAACAUUUGUUUAUUGCUUAUGUGCUAUGUAUUAUGCCAUAUAUUUGCAUUAUCAUAUGUUAUCUUUGGGUGAUGUUAGAAUUGAAAAAGUUUAGGCUCAUGUGGUUAAGUGAAUGACCUAGGGUUACUUCCUAGUUCGUGACAGCUUACAGUGAAAUCUAGACCAAAGUCAGCCCUUGAUCACAUCCUCUUACAACCACUUUAGGAGGUGGUCUGGUGAUAUAGAUAUAGUUACUAGUGAAUUGAAUAGAAACAGUACCAUUACUGUCUACUACUUUGGCUUAAAAAGAAUCCUAUGAUGAUAGCAGUAUUUUUAUGUCACUGUCUUCAACAAUUAAGUGAUAGGCACUGAACACUGGCCUUUUCCUUUUCUUUGAAAUAUGAUCCUUUCACAAAUCCUUUUACUAACCUGUUGAAAAUACUAAAUAUAAAAAUAAAGUGAGAUAAAAUGGCCCUUGGUGCCUGUAAAAAAAUAAAACAAACAAGAAAACACUAGAUAAUGUAUAACUAAAUCUGGAUAUGUCUGCUCACAUCUUUCAUUCUGGGCCCCUUUUCCAAAUUACUUACAUGUCUUUGGAACCGAGGAAGCUCUACUAACCCUAGAAACUCUGGUAACACAGAAGAAACAGUGCUGUUCCUGCGGUCUACAAUUGUUACUCCGAUAGAGAUGUCCCUGUGGGAUUUGUCAGGGCUUAGUCAGUAAAGUUUAGGAGUUGGCAGUUUUUCUGUACAUUGAGUUACUCCUCUCUUCACAACAGAAUUCACUAGGUCAGAUUAAUCAGAGGUAGGUGUGAGUGAGGAUAUGAUAUGAAUUUUAAAAUACUUCUAAGAAAUGUUAAUACUGUUAGCUCUGUAUGCAGGGCUUGUACUUGGAAAAUAUUUUGAGGAAAAAAAUUCCAUAAAGCUGCAGUGCCCUCAGCAUUGCUGAAUUCCAGUGAAUGAAGUAAGGUUAGAAGCUUCGUUGUUUCUUUCUCAUGUUCCUUUGAACAUUGUUUGCCUUGCUUUGUUCAUGUACUACAUAGACAUGAUGGUUGCAACAGCACUGAACAGAUGCAUUCUUUUUUUGUCAUUAUUCCCUAAACAAGACAGUGUAAGAAUUUACAUCGUAUUAUGUAUUAUAAGUCAUCUAGAGAUGAUUGUUUAAAAAGUAAAUGGGAGAUUGUCCUUAGGCUAUGUGGACAUAUUAAACCAUUUUAUAAAAGCAGGUUGGGCACCCGUGAUUUUUGUUGUCUAAAGAAGGACAUGAAACAAGUUUCUCACUGAUAUUCAGAGAUGUCUGUAUUUUAGUACUGUUCUUAUAAUUAUUGCCCUUACUCUAAUAGUGUCUUUAGAAGUGCUUUAAAGAUCAUAUAAGAGUGCUAAUUUUUUUUUUAAUUUUUUUUUUUGUCUUUUUCCUUUUUUUUUUUUUUAUUGGUACCGGGGAUCGAACUCACGACUGCCUGCUUGCAAGGCAGGCGCUUAUGCCGCUGAGCUAAAUCCCCAGCCCCCUUGAGUGCUAAUUAUUAUUAACAAAUUGAUGCUUCUGAAAAAACUAUGAUUAUUUUGAAAGAAAAGUUUGUCAUCUUUUCUGUGUCUCAACAUUUUUAUUUGGAGAUAGUGCAGCCAAUGUGAGACUGAGGUAUUUAAAAGAACUAUGAAUAUUUGAAGUUUUACUGUACUCUCUCCAUAUUGUUGUACUUAACCAUCAGCCAUCAUUUGUUGAAAGAAGUGUUCUGCUUAUGUGUUAAAUUGGACAAAAAUAGAGAUAUAUAUAUUGAGUCUUAGUGCAAAGAUGAUUCUUAACAUCUAGUCUGAUGUCUUUAUUUUGUAGGAAAAAUGUGAGUCCUGGACAGAGCAUGUUUCCACAAAAGGCAUAUAUUGUCAGACAUAGAGCAGAAACUAGAAACUGGUCUUUUGAUAAUGUUAGGUUCGGAAAUUUCAACUUAAAAGAAGCACAGAUAUCAGGAGUGACUUGAUUCUUAUCUUCAAGUAUGUGAAGGGUACCUUCUGCAACCCCCAUGCCAUGUUAUUGUUUUAUUAUAAAAAAAUAACUGCCAGGAACUAACAAGAAAAACAGACUUAAGUUAAAAACUAACA